CCGGAAGCCAUGAACCGGAAGUGAAAAUCUCAGAGAAGAUGGGAUUCCCUGCAGAAUGGGUGCUCUUGGCAGUAGAUGGUGUUGUGUUUUCAAUUCUCUACAAACUCUAUAAAAGCAGCACAGCAGCUACAGAGAAAAUUAAGUCAUGUCCUGAUUUUGAGAUUGGCCCUGACUUAAUGGCUGCACUUGAGAAAGCCCCUGAGAGGACAUUACCUUAUGCCUGUAUAGAGGGCGUAGUAGAUGCCACCGGCAAAACACUGAAGAGUAACUAUGGCAAUGAAGAAGGUGUCAUCAAGAAGUUAUUACUACAGGAACAUAGAACAAAACGCACCCAGGGACAUUGGUCAGACUGGACAAAGGUAAUACGUGACAAUACAGAAACAGUGCCCUUUAUCCUACGUGAUGCGGAGAUUCCCGCUGCUGCAGGGAGUGUGUUUAUCACUGAGCCUCUCCAAGCAAGCACUCUCCAAGAAGAGCUCACUCCAACAUAUGAUGUAUUUGAGCCAAACAAAUCAAGCCUAAUGGAACGAGGUUUAGAUAGAAUUUUUGGUGAUGUGUCAAAGGGAAUUCAAGAAAGUGAACAUAUGUUAAAACUCGGGACUAAUAUUGUCGGAAUCGGAGAGAUAAUUCUACAAGGGGAAAAAGCUGUGAUGCGAGCACCUAAAGCUGGUGGCGAUUAUGUAUUAACUUUAUUUAGCAAAGCUGAAAUUAUUAAACGAUUUGAAUCUAAGUCAUUGUGGUAUAAAGUUGCUUUGGGAUUCUUAGGUGUCACUGGUGUUGUUAUAUUUUCAUACGCCAUUCGAAAAUUGUACAAGACAUGGCAAGAUAACAUCCAACGGGAGCAGGAGACCCAGCGAAUUUUGGAAGCACGACGCCAAAACCGAGAUGGAAAUGAGGCUGGCGAUGGGAAUGUGCAAGAGUGUGUGAUUUGUCUCACAAACCCAAGAGAGGUCAUUGUGCUGAAUUGUGGGCAUAUAUGUCUGUGUGCAGAUUGUGCUGGAGUGCUGCCUUCACCAAGAAAGUGUCCCAUAUGCAGGGCUGACAUCGCUAGGAUAAUACCAACAUUCAAUGCCUAAAUUUUGGCAUCAUUUGGCAAUGCAUUUUUCAUAUUAAUACCCAUUUGGGUGACAGAACAUGAAAAAUUUUGUUUAGAAUCAUUUUGAACCUGCAAAUUAUGUUUUAAAGGUUUUAUAAAAAAUUGAUUUGAUUAAACAAAAGAACUUGUGAUAUAUUAGAAUAUCAUGUAUUCAUUAACACAAAACUACUGUGUACAUGGUUAACUAAACCAAAUUAAAUCAAAAUAGUUCCAAUUUUAGGAAAAAAGAUCAAGUUGAAUGCUGUAUACACAGAUUGGAUGAUUUGAAGCUAUUUAAUUCAAGAUAUUGGGGAUUUUUAUUUGUUAAAAUAUCAAAGGAUUGCUCCGAUUCAUCGGCCAGCGCCUGGCUGAUUGCAUAUUUUGUUCAAAAUUCAAGGUCAAAUCUCAAAUUUGAGGUC